AUGCCCGUCGAAGUCAGCCUUAACACGCCCCUGGCGGAGGCUCUUAACGCCGCCAUCCAGCCCAAGCUUGUCGAGGUCGGAUGGGGAACUGGUGGUGCCGAUGACUCCGCUCUAGCAGAGUAUAUUAUCCUCAUGCUCGUCAACGGAAAGACUCAGGACCAAAUCGCCGCCGAACUCUCCGGUGAUCUGCUCAACCUUGGCCCCGACGACCCCAGCACUCGCGACUUCUCUCAGUGGCUCUUUGAGCAGAUCGAGGCCCUCAACGCCCAGUUGAAUGGGGGAGGCAACACAGAUUCUGGCGCAGACCAGGACGCCACAACAGAAGGCGAGAUGGAUACUGAUAUGAACGCCGGAGAUGUAUCAGAACUGAAUGCACCUACUGGCCCACGCUCAAUGCGAAACGGCAACCAGCGAGGAGGACGGGAUAAGCGCAUGUUCGGCCAGAUCAGCAAGGCUAUGGAUCGACCUGGCGACUCUGCGCUCCAUCGUGUUCGAGGUCAAUCAGGAAGCGAGCGCAUCAACACACACGGUCGCACACCGCCAACCGGACCCCGAACAGGUCGAGGUGGAAUGGGCCGUGCUAACAACAACCGCACUGCCAACCUUCAGGCUGGAUUGGCCGGUAUGGCGGCUGGUGGUCCUCAAGCACAGUGGAUGAUGCAAGGCGGCCAACCGAACCAGGCCGAGCUUGUCGCCAUGUUGGAACAGCAGAACCAGAUGAUGUUCCAGCUAUCGCAACAGCUCAUGAACAACGGUGGCAACCAGGGCGGAUUUGGACAGCAGCGCCGUGGUGGAAAGCCCUUGUUUGACCGCGUGCAACAUCCCGGCAGAGGUAACCACCGCAAGGGUUUCAACGAUCGACAAGGCGGCAGCAACACCGGUGCUGAGGGGGAGGGCGAGGACAUGGACAUGUCCGGCGAGAAGCGCGAAGUGAACCCCGAGGAGACUGUCUGCAAGUACAACUUGAGGUGUACCAACAAGGACUGCAAAUUUGCACAUCAGUCACCUGCCGCCCCUCCCGGAGCUUCGGUCGACGUGAACGACAACUGCAGCUUCGGAGCCGCAUGCAAGAACCGCAAAUGUGUUGCACGACACCCUUCGCCGGCCGCUCGUCUCGCACAUCAGAGCGAGCAGGACUGCAAGUUCUUCCCCAACUGCCAAAACCCCCAGUGCCCCUUCAAGCACCCAUCGAUGCCUCUCUGCCGAAACGGUGCUGGCUGUACAAACUCCGAGUGCAAGUUUACGCAUGUCAGAACAAAGUGCAAGUUUAACCCGUGUCUCAACCCCAACUGCGCGUUUGCGCACGACGAUGGACAGCAAGGAGGCUUCAAGGAUAAGGUCUGGACUGCUGGAGAGACUGAGCAUCCCAGUGAAAGGAAGUUUGUGGAUGACCAAGCCGCUGAGGAGCUUAUCAAGGCAGAGGACAAUGAAAUGAAGCAGGAGGCUGAUGUCAUUGCCUAA